AUGCAUUCGUAUCUUAUUUUUACUUUCUUCUUCUUAUUUCUUUUUCCUCUCAUUCUUUCUCUCUUUGUUUUGAUUAUUUGGUUCUUUUUUCUUUUCAUUUUUCUUUCUUGUGGCUUUUCUUUAAAUUUUUUCCAAUAUAGUUUCAUUUUUCCCCUCUGUCUUUAUUUUGUUUAUUCGUUUCUUUUUCUUUUCUUUUUUCUUUCUCUUUUCCAUAUAGUCUCAUUCCUUCUAUCCUUUUUUUUAUUUUUUCAAUCCUUUCUUUCUUUUACUAUCUUUUUCUUCUUGUUUUAUUUUCUCUCUAAUUCUCUUUUACUCGUCACUUUCCCUUAUACUGCUAACUUACUUUUUUUUCUUUCCUUGACUCACGUUUUUCUUUUCUCCUUUGCUUGUUUCAUCCUUCGAAUUAUUUUGCCUCCAUGUUUUCUUUUUUACCUUCCGCUUCUAAAUCUAAUUUCCAUCCUCUCCUGUUUGUUCUUCUUUCUUAGACUUCUUCGGUUCUUUUUAUCUUAUUUCUUUAUAUUCCUUCCCCUAUUUCUUUCUUUCGUUCUUUUACUUAGAACGUCUCACCUUUCUUCUCCCAAUUUAAAAAAAUCUUUCUCAUUAAUAUUUCGAUUUCCUUUUCUUCUUUCUUUCUUUUCUGCUUUUUUUCUGAUCUUACCUUUCCUGUUUCUUUAUAUUCCUUCCUUUCCAGUUUGCUUCUUUCUUCAACUAACUUCAGUCCUUAUUCUUUAUCUUCUAUCUUUUCUUUUUCUCCCCACUCUGAUUUCUUCUUUUUCUUCUGCUUUUUCUCUUUCUUUCUUCUUUGAUCUCAUCUAUUCUUUCCUCUUCUACUUUUUUCUCUACAUCCCUCUUUUCAAUCAUCCUCUUUCUCCCCUGCUUCUAUUUUCUUCUUUCUCUCUUCCUUUCUCUUCUUUCAUCUCCUUCUUCCCUUUCUGA